AUGGAAUCUUCUCAUCAAAAACCCACAUCGCCUCGUCCCCCACCAGUCAAUACUGGCGAAGAAAGGAGUCCAUCACGAGAUAUUAGCACCUUACAAUCUUGGAUAAAGAAUAAGCUCGAUACAAUUCCUUCCAGAUACAGUGAAUACGAUGAAGGUAUGCAGAUUAUUAAAGAUGCUAUCCAACAAGAGUUUGCUCCUCGACAUCAGGGUAUUGUAAUGCUGGCCUUAUCAAAGGAAUUCUACACAAUGGGUAUAAGCACUACAGACACUGGAGCCGAAAUAUGGUCCCGCUGGCGAUACAAACCCCAAAAUCAAAUACCAGAAGAGAGCAGCACAACGGGGAACAAUCUUUCUAGAGGCUCACUCGCAGCUCAAGCAAAGUCGGAAGAUGAAAAUUCCGAGUUUAACGCAGAAGGAGUUUCUCAGGCCCUACCAAAUAGUGACGCAAAUUACUGGGGGGACCUUGUAACUCCAGCUCGGCCCCAGACUCAUACUAGAGCAAAGGUGGUAUAUAUCCGAUCCAAAUCGCCCAAAUCGCCCAAAUCUGGGGAUGAAGGUCCUAGUGAUUCAAGACUUAUUGAACAUAAAGAUGUAUCAAAGGGCCUCUUAAUAAACGAUUCAGCAUUCCUGCAUGCAUCAUCAAUUGAUAAUUUUCAUAGGGAAGGGGAUUCUUUUGAAAAUAAUUCCACUCUUAUGAGACCCUAUGGAGACGUUGAGAGUAUCAUGGCCACAAAAAACUAUGAAACCAGGCUUACAUCUACUGGUUUUAAGAGGGUUAUAACCUCAUAUAAGGAUACUCCCUCGCUGGGAGCUACCCAGCCUGACAGUAAUGGGUCUUCGCUGGGACCCUUUCUCCCAAGCGAUACUACCAUUUCGCGAAGCUUUGGCAGCUCUCCAGGCGAUGUUGAUCCGGCUUCUGGCUAUUACAGCCGUCUCCCAGACAUUCCUGUCGAUACCGCUAAUAAUGGGGUGAAUUCUAAGAACUCAGAUGUCCGGAGAGGCCAUCAUGCCUCUUUGAACUUACCAGAGUUUGAAACUUAUAGUAGUAAUACUCAUCAUGAGAAGUACACCGAAAAUAACUGGCCUAUCGAAGAGGUCCGUGAUGAAUAUGGUGCUUUGGCUGGGAACUCUAUGAAAUCACCAAACAGCCAUCUUCCGGAUACUUCAAACAGGCGUUCUAAACGGGAAGCUUCACCUUCCUCAGUAUAUUCAUUCAACUCCGACAGUCCCCAUAACAACCCAGAAACCAGCAAUGAUAUGCGGUUUAAAGGUGCUUUACCAAAAGCCCAUCCUGACUAUGACCCAGGUAACCCCUAUGACAGCGCGUCCCAUACAUACCAGCCUGAAGGAGGUAUUGUGAGACCCAAGCAACCUAAGGAUUUCAAUGAGAAUUUAGCUUGGCAGAAUAAGCAUAUUGGUGAGGGGAGGAAAAGUUUUCAAACAAGGCAGAGUCUCCAUGGUGAAAACUCAUACAAGUUCAAAUCCAGAAGCGGAAUCGGAGAAGUUCCUGCGGAUCGAGGAGCUACAACAAAAUUUUUCAACCUCACUCAACCUAGUUUUACGGUUACAAAAGAGGUCAUCCAAGAAGAGGAGAUAGAUGUUCUCGGCAACUUUAAUCGUCCCACAUUUGCUGUGCACAUACCCAGUUUUGGAAGGGACUCAACGGAUGAAAUUCAGAAGAUCCACGCCAAAGGUGACAGCAGGCCCGCAUUUCUGAAGUCUUUUCGUGGGGCUGUCCACGACGGUAUCAAUAUGACAUGGAAGGGCCCCACAAAAUCACAACAGUAUAAUUCAAAGCCUUCAUCCAAGUUUAGGACAAGACCGAUCGAAAAAAAUUCUAUCUCGGGGCCAAUGCAUGAUGGAAACCCACUUCAGCUAUCUGGUAGCAGGUCCACGUCAGAUAUUUUGAACACUGCCCGUCCUAUUCCUGGGGCCGGGCAAAUUUACAGUAACCCUUUUCAAAGUAUUGGCGAAGCCUCCAAUGUCUCGCUUCUUCAACGCCCUACAGGCGAAGAUAUCACAGAUUCUGGGCGUUUACCCUGGGAAUACGAUGCUUCAGCAGAGGACCCAAACGGAAACGACAAUACGAACCAAGUGAGACUAUACGACCCAGAGUCUAAACUGGGGAAGGCGAUGCUAGAUCCUGAAAAUCCCACAAUCUCCAUCGCAAACGUCAUUAAGAGUAAGCCUCUUGAAGAAAGAGGUCAAAAGGUGGAGGCGUAA